AUGUCAAUCACCGGCGACGUCGUCUCCGCCCCCAUCAAGGUCGACCGCAAGACCACAACUCCCUUCCUCCUAAAGCUCUUCUACCGCCAGGGCGGCUUCCACCGUCUCGACGACUUCCGCGCCCGCUCGCAACCAAACUCCUACGUCACCAUCUACACCUGGCGCGACUGCACGCUCAGCGAGCUCUCCAUGCUGCUCUCUUCCACGCUGCCCGCCAUGUGUCCGCCGCGCUCGCGCGUCGGCUUCCGCCUCAUCUACGCCGACACGCGCUACGGGUCCGCGCGCUACACCAGCAAGGACCUUGGCGCGGUGGUACCCGGCGGGGAUGCGGCGCUGGAUAAUGUUGGGAGGAAGACGCUGAGUGAGGUGGCGUUUGUGGUGGGCGAUUGGAUCGAUGUGGCGGUGUAUCCGGAGGGGCAUGGGGGUGUCGGGGUGAGGGGGGUUGGGGGCGGGGGUUUUGGUGGUGUGGGGAGGGGGCGCGGGAGGGGCGUGCCGGUGGGGGAGUGGAGGAGGGGGGAGAGGGUGGAGGGCGGGGGGAGGGGGAGGGCGAGGAGGGGGUUUAGAGAGUAG